AAGAGAGACGUGUCCAAAGAGCGGCUCCACCUGCUCAUUCCUUCUGCUUUCUACGGUCAGCGAUGGAAAGCGGCGAGUUGCCGGAACUCUGCUACCCGCAGUCUAACGCUUCGUGCAGGACACCCAAGCAGCCGCCCGGCCAUGCCAUGCUGAUCUACGUGCUGCUAUCCAUUGUCUCGUUCCUCACUGUGGCUCUCAACCUGCUUGUCAUCGUUGCCAUCUCCUACUUCAGACAGCUGCACACACCCACCAACCUCCUCCUACUUUCUUUGUCUGUCUCCGACCUCCUGGUGGGCCUCCUGCUCAUGCCCGUGGAGAUUAUCUACAUCGAGGCCUGCUGGUUCCUGGGCGACAUGGUGUGCAUGCUGUACUAUGUGGGCGACUACAUCAUUACUUCAUCCUCAGUGGCCAACAUGGUACUUAUCUCGGCGGACCGCUACGUGGCCAUCAGCGAGCCGCUCUCCUACCCGAACCGGGUCACCACAAGGAGGGCGCAGGUCGGCGUGGGCCUCUGCUGGCUCUGCUCUGUAGUCUACCGGCUGUUGCUACUCCACGACCACCUGGAAGAGCCUGGUAAGUCCAUCUCCUGCCUGGGGGAGUGCAUAGUCAUCAUCGGCAACGUGGCGGGCACGGUGGACCUGGUUUGCACCUUUAUCUUACCCAUCAUUGUCAUCCUCAUGCUCUACUUGAGGGUUUUUGCAAUCGCCAUCCGUCAAGCGCGCGGACUGCAAUCACGUGUGGCUGCCGUCCAUGUCCAGCGCAUGGUGAAGAAGAGCGAAUUGAAGGCAGCCAGGACUCUGGGUAUCGUGGUGGUGGUUUUCCUCACUUGUUUCAUUCCCUAUUACGUGCCCACCUUGGCGGGCGAGGACACAUCAGUGAACGCCACCUCGGCCGCCUUCGAGAUCUGGCUGACCCACUUUAACUCCUGCCUGAACCCCAUCAUCUAUGCUCUCUUCUACCCGUGGUUCCGUAAGAGCAUCAAACUCAUCGUCACACUUCAGAUCUUUAAAGCUGGUUGCAGGGAUGCCAACAUACUUUAGCGGGAUUGUAGUUGGGCUCUUUAUCACAUUUUAGCAUUAAGAACAUAAUUGUUCUUUUUCAAAGACCUUCUAAAUAUUUACUUGUUUAGUCGCCAUUACAGAAAGGGAUUUUGCCUGAUGCACUGUAUGCACUCGUCUAAUCUCAGCUUUCAUUUGAAUGAGUGGGUUCAAUGUUUUGAGAUAGUGUCUGUUGUAAAUUGCUGCAAAGACAUUCUUGAAAAAUGACUUGUGAUGACUAUUGUAAAAAAAAAAAUAAACACUAUAGCAUCAAUAUGUAUUUGGUUUCCAUUCUGUUGCAUUUUAAGAGAAGCAUCUGUUUUUUUGCAUUUAUUCCACAACUGCCUCAGCUUA